AUGGAGCUUUAUGCAAGCAUCGGAUCGUACAAAAUACGUCACAAACGGCGAUUCAUCGUCGACAGCAGUGCUGGUUUUGUUGAUGCUGACAUCCAGGAGCUGGCUGUUGCAACUCAGUUUCAAUGCGGUGUGGAUUUCUUUCUCUUUUUUUUGGAGCGAAUAAGGAAACCAUUGUUACAUGGAAUGCGUGUCAGGGAGGAUGAUAACUAG